ACACCUCUUCAAACCAUUCCCAUUCAAUUUCAAUCCUCACUUCCAAUUCAAUCCUCACCGUUCAAUUCUCUUUUCAGUCACUAAUGGCCGUAGAUGCUAUCGGAACCACACCAACUCCCACUCCUCCGCCGGCUCAACUCACCACCACAAGCGACGCAGGGGAGAGCUGCUGGGCGAAACGCAAACGCUCUAAACGUCACCACCGGUACUUCGACCACCCUCCAACUGAAGAAGAGUACCUUGCUCUUUGCCUAGUUAUGCUUGCCCGUGGAGGUUCUGAUCACCGCCCGGUGUUUCGCUCACCUCCACCUCUGUUUCCGGCCACCCAGAACUCCUACCAGUGUUCCGUUUGUGAUAAGGCUUUCUCUUCUUAUCAAGCUCUUGGUGGUCAUAAAGCGAGUCACCGGAAACCAAUGGACGAGUCAACGGCGGCGACGGCGGUGCAGGUUGCGCCGGCGAGUUCGGCUACCUCGGGAUCUGUGUCUGGUGGGGUUAGAGUUCACAGGUGUGGGAUUUGUUCAAAGGUUUUCCCUUCCGGGCAGGCUUUGGGAGGGCAUAAGAGGUGUCACUAUGAUGGAACUCCGGGGAGUGCUAGUGGUAGUGGCGCUGCUGUGUCGGAGACGACGACGACGACGACAAGCUCGGUUUUUAGAGGGUUUGACUUGAACUUGCCGGCGGUGCCGGAACUGGCGAGGUGCUUGUCGGUGGUCGGAGAGGAAGAGGAGGUGCAAAGCCCACUGCCGUUGAAGAAGCCGAGGUUGUUGCUGGCUUGACGAAGAUGAUGACGUGGUGAAGUCGGUGCUUGGGUUGCCGACUUUUGGGUUGGUGAAUUCGGUGUUUGGGCUGCCGACUUUGGUGUAGAUUUAUUAGGGUCGGUUUGUAUUAGUCAUUGGUUGGGAUUUUGUUUGUUUUUGGGUUUUUUUUUUUUUAAUUCUAUUAUUGUUUUAUUGGUUUUAAAUUUUAAUUUUGUAUAGAUGGAGUUAUUGGUGGUAAAAAUAGGGGGUUGUAGUUUUUUAUUUAUUUUUGUUAUUUUUCAUGAA